AUCUCGCUGGUAAAAGAUUUUUGAUAUAUUCCUGAACCACUUAAGAAUUCAUUCAUCAAAUAUAGCUGCAGCAAAUAACUAGUACAAAUCAUAUGCAACUUCCAUAUAUCCUCUUAUGUCAAUCACAUUAAAAACCCCAAAGCUAUUACAGUAAACUAUCAUUGCUGACAAGUUUUGGAAAGCAAAAAUUGAAAAUAUGCCUCUUUUGUCGCAUUUUUAUUGGAAGCGACUCAAUUGGACCCCUCAGCAGAGAUUCGGAAACCUUGCCCGCUUGUCUGACCAAACGUGUUAUCAAUGAUCACCAUUCCUGUGCCUUAAGCACUUGUCAUUGUUUCUGUGUACCACUGUACCCACGUAUGGUUUUGUGAAUUACAUGAACUGAAAGCAAAACUGAUUGGGCCGUGAUGUUUUGAAACCACUUAGCAUAUUUGAUGAUAUAACCAUGUACAAACUUAUAAACACCACUAAUCAUAUUUGAAGAGAUAAACCACAUAUGUUUGUUUUGAUUUCAGAACAAAACCAAGUAGCCAAACAUGUCCACCCUCAGCGGUCCCUUGCGACCCAACCAGCACAUGGUCUUGCAACCCACCAAUCCUAACAAUUUUAAAGCUACAAUUUCACUACUGUCUCAGGCAUUCUUAUAUAAACCAUUUCCAUUUGCAUUCGCAUCUUUAGCAUUUCAGUCUCUUGAAAUCUUUAUUCCCUCUUAUUUCUAAACACAACAACAUGAUCAGUGCUAAGAAACUCGUCAAGAUGGCAAGGAAGUGGCAGAAGUUUGCUGCCACGAGGACAAAGAGAAUUUCAUUUCACAGAAAUGUGGACACUGCAAGUAACUGUAGUACUUCAUUCGUGGCAGAUAAGGGACAUUUUGUUGUCUACAGCGCUGAUCAAAAGCGUUUCAUGAUUCCCCUAGCGUAUCUUAACAAGGAGAUCACGAGAGAGCUCUUCAAGUUGUCCAAAGCAGAGUUUGGGCUCCCAAGGGAUGGACCAAUUACAUUGCCAUGUUAUUCGAUUUUCAUGGAGUACAUAGUCUCAUUGAUUCAGCGUGGUGCAGUUAAAGAUCUAGAGAAGGCUUUACUUAUGUCAGUUGCUACCAGUCUCUGCUCAUCAUCAUUGUCAUCUUUCCACCAUGGAAAGACAAAGCAGAAAUUACUUGUGUAUUGAUUUAAUUGAAGUUCAGUGGCGUAAAUGAUCAGUGCAGUUCUAACUUGAUACAUAUUAUGAAAAAUUCCGAGGGUUUACCUUCAUUUCCAAUUUUUUAUUGUAGUGAAAUUGAGCUUCUGGCUUUGGAAUGAUAAAUAUUGUCCUGUGGAUAAUAGUGACAUGCAAAUUUGUAGAUUAUGGUCAGAAAAAACCAAGUUAAU